AGCAUAGCAACAUAACCAGUUAAGCUAAAUGUAAACUCACUUUGAAUAAACUGACUUCACAGAGUCCGAGAGAUGGAUGACGGCGUGAAAACGAAGUAUUUCUAGUGUUACUGACAGGCAGACGGACAGACGGCAGGACGGAUACACGGGUGGGGGCUGUGCUAGGCGGCUCGGCGGCAGGCUGGUGGAAGAUGUCGUCAGGAGCCGGUGGGAGGGGAGGAAGGCGGCUCAGGGGGACAGCAAGCAGCAGUGGUGGAGGGGGGAGAGGAGGGGCAGGCGAGGCAGAGGAAGGCCCCGUGGGGAUCCCUUUCCCUGAGCACAGCGCAGACAUCCUCGGCAGCCUGAACAAGCAGCGGCUCAGUGGCCUGCUGUGUGACGUGCUCCUGGUUACCCAGGAGCGGGAGUUCCCAGCUCACCGCUCCGUCCUGGCGUCCUGCAGCUCCUACUUCCACAAGCUCUUCACAUCAGGGGCCGCCGCCGACCAACAGAACAUCUACAACAUCGACUUUGUGGCGGCAGAGGCUCUAGGAGCACUGCUGGACUUUGCGUACACAGCCACAUUGACAGUCAGUCACAGCAGCGUGGCUGACAUCCUUGCCGCUGCACGCCUCCUGGAAAUCCCACCUGUCCAGGACGUCUGUACACACCUGCUGGACACCAAAGUGCUCUCCCCGCCGGCGGGCAGUGAGCGAAGAGAUGAAGAUGAAGACGAGGAGGUGAAGGGCAGAGGAGGCAGGGAGCAGGGGAACCGGGUGCGGGCCCGGGAGUACCUGGAGUACUUCCAGAGAGGGGCGCACUGGAGCAGCAGCUGCAGCACGCCAGAGCUCAGGGACCUGCCGACACACCUGCACUUUAACCACGGAAACGGAGGCACUCCUAGCAACGGGGCUCCUGCUGGUCCCGGUGAGUACUACUCACCCCUGGCCCUUGCCUUGGCCCAGGCCCCAACACAAGAGCCAGAGGAAGAAGACGAGGAUGAAGAGGAGGACGAGGAUGGGGAGGCGGUGCAGGGGAAUGGAGCAAGCCUGGGGUCAUCUUACUUCCCUCCAUCGCAAAAUGGGCACUUCUACCUCCCCUCCGAGUCUAGGCUGGGGCAGGAACCAGAGGUGGAGGAUGGAGGUAGGGAGGCAUUGGCGAGGGAUAGGGGUUCAGCCAGUGCUCUGCUGCAGCAGAUGAUGGACUCCAUCGAGAGGCAGAAGGAGCGUGCAACAACCGGGGAGGAACAGGGAGAUGGGGACGAUCCCGACAUGGAAUUUUACUUGAAUUAUUUUAACAGCUCGCAGCAUGAGGAUACAGCCUCUGCUGCUGUGACACAGGGAGUGCCGCCGCUCUGGUUAUCACGGGGCAGAACAGGCCAAGAGAGAGUGGGAGGAGGAGGAGACAGGGGGAUUGGAGAGAGAGGCAGUGGGGGUGGAGUAGGAGGAGGUGGAGGGGAGAGGAAGAUGCGCUCUAAGGCCUUCCAGAAAUGCCCCAUAUGCUCCAAGGUCAUUCAAGGAGCAGGCAAGCUACCCCGCCACAUCCGAACGCACACAGGAGAGAAACCCUAUGAAUGCGCCAUCUGCAAAGUGCGCUUUACCAGGCAGGACAAGCUCAAGGUUCAUAUGCGGAAGCAUACAGGAGAGAAGCCUUACCUGUGUACGCAAUGUGGUGCCGCCUUUGCUCACAACUACGACCUGAAGAACCACAUGCGCGUACACACCGGCCUGCGCCCCUAUCAGUGCUCAAGCUGCUUUAAGACUUUCGUGCGCUCGGAUCACCUGCACCGCCACCUCAAGAAGGACGGCUGCAACGGCAUCCCCUCUCGUCGAGGCAGAAAACCUCGGGUGCGAGAGCCAGGGCUCCUUGAUGCCCCCCUGGGCAUGCUGAGCCCGGGCUCUGACACAGGCCCUGGGCCUCGUACCAUCAGGGGACGGCGGCGCUCGGAGGCAUCCUCAGCGGCAGAGGUGGAUGGGGCUGCAGGAGCCCAUGCACACAGUCCUCAGCUGCAGGAGUUGGCAGGGGAGACAGAGCCCUGAGACUGCAGGGGCGACAAGGACACUGCUGGACACCAUAGUCACUCUGCACCGCCUGUGAGACAGGCCAGUGAACAGAGGAGAAAAAAAAACAUGCAAAGGCAAACUUUAAUAAAAACAAAACAACUAACUAUUCCUCUAUAAACCAAAUCAGGGUGUCACAAAAAUCUAAUCUUUAUAUUUCUUUUUCCUUUUACUCUAGGAAAUGGAGUAGACUUGCAAGCACUUAAGUCGGUUUAUCUGUUAAAGAGCAAAGAACGCUUCAAAUCAUGCACCCAUGAUGUCCACUUUCUGGGCCAUUUCUUUCUUUAUAAUAUUAAGGGUUUUAUACAUUGGCAAAUGUAUGAUAGAUACAAAGACACUCUGAGCAACUAUGCAGUUGAUUUAGAUUUUUAUUUGUUUUGUCCUCACAGCCUUUGAGCUCUAAGCAAGGUGUCUAUCAAGCACCUUCUGGCUGCUGUACGGGUGAAGCGGGGACAAAUCCUCCCAGUGAAAACAAGUCUUUUUCUAUUCUUUUGCAGGUCUGAAAUGUACAGUUACCAUAGAAACAACAUUGCCACAAUAUGGCAUAUGCAAGGAAAAGUCACCACAAUUUUGAUGCAAUUUUUUUUCUCUCUAAAUGUUCCAGAAAGAAUCAGACAAGGGUUUGAUUGAAGUGUUGCUUUCUCUAUAAAAAUGCAUUUUAAGAAUCUAUGGUUUAUUGAAAAACAAACUGAUGUUGAGUCAAAUCCACUCUAAUGGGGGCUCGUCAAUUGCAGGACUAGGGAAUAUGAGGGGUGGAGGGUUUGUGUUUUUAAAGCACUACCAUCGUCAAUGUAUCUGUUGGCUCGACUACGUUGCCUCUUAUCCCUCACAACCCUGCAAUUUCAGCAUUUCUGUUUUCACAUUUGAUUUUGUCUUAAUUUUUAUUUUGGUCGCUCCUUUUUGUUGACUGCUUCGGGUACUUGACACUUUAUAAUUGUAUACAUGUAUAUACAGCAGGUGGUGACAUGACAUUGAUCCCCUCUUAAUGCUGAGGUGUACUUAUCGGGUUUUUCCUCUUAGGCUUGAUGUCAUACUUCUCACAGAGUGAAGCUUGCGGGUGAACGAAACCAACUGUAUGAAUGUUUGACGAAAAAGAAAAAAAAAAACACAUCGAGUCACCCAUUUGUCCUAAACUUAACACUUGACAUGUAUAGUUCCUGCCCAAAGGAUGAGGAGGUCGAAUGAAUGAAUGUGCUUAACUUUGUGCAGUUUUUCGGAAUCUGUCCUUGUGUGACAAGGCGCGGGUAGCAUUUAACCAACCGCAGGUUAAAGGAAUGGCAGGGAGCCCCAGUGAGAGAGUGACAAAGAAUACAGACAGAGAGAUAGAUGAGCACCUUUUUUUUCUACGUUUGCACAGCUUUUACUAAAGAUAUCCAACGGAUCGAGAAAGAGGUAUAUUUAAAGGAAGUGGGCUGGUGUUGGGAAGGGAGUGAGAGGUGGUUUAUGUAUCAUGCUUAUUCCAAUCUUUUUGCCCUGGGGACCACACAACCAUGAGGCAACCUGUAUGAUGAAGAGAGCAAUAAAUACCUGUCCAAGUUGGGAGGCCAAAUAGGAACGCAGCUGCAGCUGGUCGAUGGGGGAGGGGAACAGAGGGGAAUGGGAGGGGGAUCUCACAAUGUCUGUUGCAUUCCAAAAAAUAAUCUCCCCCAGCUCAGCCACGUUUCCAGGCAGGAGGGGAUCAAAUCAGGCCUUUUUCUCUCCCUCUCUCUCCCUCUGUAGUCCUCUAAUGCCCCCGAACCAGCCUGGAGGGGAUAUUAUUAUAUUAGAGCCUGGUGUUACUGUGGGUAGGACGCCUGGUGCUGGCAGUUUAGUGUGUGAGUGUGUUUGCAUGUACGUGUGUUUUUGUGUACAUGUGUGUGCGUGGCAGCCGGGGUCGCUCUGGCCACAUCAUCACUGUGUGAGUCAGCCACAGCCUGUUCAAACAUGCACCCUGAGCUGCCAGCCCCAGUGCACUUUCUCUGUCUCUCACUCACACACACACACACACACACACACUCGCAUUCACACUCACUGGGUCCAGGUAUCCUGUAGAGAAGGGGAAAACACCAGGGCUGACAUAUGUGUUUGGAUAUUGUCAGUGACUCCAUACAUCUGGAUUUGUUAGUCUUAAAAUAUUCACGUUGCGUUCUUCUACUCCAAAUCCAAUGUUAUUUUCCAAACUAGCACAUUGAGCCUUUGAGUCAAGAGAACAGAACAUGCGUGUGAUUUAGAGUCCCCCCACCCCCACCCUAUAAUUCCUGCAGUCGUGCUGUAGUUCAACUAUCAGUCCUUUGCACCUUAAUUGGAAAGAGGCAGUUUAUGAAUGCACUUUGUUACUGAGGUGGGCACUUUUGUCAACAAAACGGGUACUUUGAAACAAACCAGUUGCAAAUGAGAUCAUUCCUUUCGUCUGUUCAUUGUGGUGAAGUCCAGCUUCUUCACUGGUUUUGUUCAGGUUUUGACGACAAGCUGCCAAAAAAAAAAAGAGGAACAUACGAGUUCAGAUCUCUGAAAGAGAUGCCGAGUGGAUUUGGAUAUAAUCACCUUGGGUUUUGUGGCCCAAGACUAAAUUAAUCCAUGUAACUGAUUGCACUUGAAGUUAGUUGUUAAAAGAAAUUUUAGCGGGUUGUCUUUAUGUCUUAAUGUAAAGGAAGGGAGUAGAAGGAGGAAGCAGACUGAGAAGGAAGGGCACUGUGUGUGUGCGCGUGUGUCUGUAUGUAUGCGUUGCAUAUUUUUUUGUGCAUGUGCACAAGCAUGUUGCGCUGGCUGGCAGGCUGGAGGGUCUCAGGACAAGCUUGGAUAAACAAACUUCGUGUCUACCCCAUCUGUUCACCAGCUACUCUCAUAACUACACGUGUUCUCUGAGGAACCACGGUGAUAAUAGGUCCAUGGUACCACAGAAGCAAAAAUACCAUAUUGUAAAACAACUCAUUGGACAGUUGCUUGUUUACUUCACAGCUCUCUUGGUGCAGAUUUGCAUAUUUCUUCGUUUACCCUUGUUGGUCAUUGUCAGGGGUUGGCUAUGUCUUGAGAGUUUGUAGUUUCUAUUUUUGCUUCUCUGUUAUGAUGAAGAUGGGGUUUGUUAAUGCCCAGUUUGACUCCCACAGCAGAUGUUAGCUAUGUAUGUCUACCUGGUUUGUUCUCUUUAUGUAGUGGUACUUGGUACGGACUGCCUAAACAUUUUGUCUCGAUGUGGAGGAAGCGAGCCAUCUUAAUGUUCCUUUGGACCUUAAUAUUUCCCGAAAGUCUUAUGUUGUUUGUUGAUUAACCAAAGCUUUUUGCCCUCGAUCUUAGUCUUCUGUCGACUAGAGAUACUGAAAGUAUGUCUUUAAUUUAUCCAGACUGGGCCUCCCUGACUACGCCACACCCAGAUGCCCUUCUCUUGAAUACAUAUGCAGAAAAGUGUGUGGAAUCAUACAGAUAUUUACUUGAGUACUCUUGCUCCUUGUAUAUUUGUGGACAAUAGAAUCAGAGGUUUUAAGGAUGUAUUAUUUGUUCUGUCUGUCUUCACUUCUUAAAAUAAUGUGUUGUGCUACAGCUAUUUUUUUCCUAACAAUUUUACAUGGCUGUGCGUGCGUGUGUGUGCCUGUAUGUAUGCGUGUGUGUGUGCGGGUUGGGGUCUUGGUUUUGAGUUGCUGUGCCAGGAGGGUGGGGUACAUGGGUGCUUGGGUGGGGUUAUGGAUAUAAAGCCUGAUAGCACUGGAAAUGGUGCUUUAGCUGAGAGAGCAAAAGUUUGCACUAAUGUUAAAUGUCCUUGUCCUGCUUAUGGGAGAAGGGCAGGAGACCUCAGAAAGGCCUGCGAGUUUCCAUGAGCACAGAGCAGUGUGGUUAAUACUCAAUGGUCUCAUAAAGAGUCCAUCCAACCCCUCCGUAGAAAUAUAAUCAUGUAAAGUAUAUUAACAAAUAUACAGACGUCCAACAACAACAAAUACCAAAGGAGAAAAGAUGGCUUGGAUUCAAGUCACUGGACAUUUUAAGCUACCAAUCUCAUGUUGGAUUAAUAGAGGUUUAUUGUUAAUUGUGAAGGCUCUUGAAAAGAGAUUCUCGAUGAAAACUUCAGAUGGAAAGUGGUGCGAUAACAGCGAAUGAUAUUUGCUUAUUAUGUUAAGAAAUAUUCCAAAUAUAUAACAUUUAGGCAUUUACAAAGUAGCAAAGACUCUGAAAACAUUCAAAACAUGAUCUGAUGGCUGAGCUGAACUGUGUGCAGGUGCCAGAGAUACUGAACCCAAAUCUUUUGAUAUGACAGAGAUGGGAUUGUUCAAUUUUUGUCUGAUGUUCAAUCAACUGAAUAAUGAUAUGAUAUGAUAAUGAAAAGUGAUGUUACUUAGUGUGUUGACAUGCACAAUAGUAUCCUGGUUGCGAUCAGGUUUUUGGAGUAUCCAGGGUUAUGUUUUGUAACUUAAACAGCUUUUUUCGGUCUCAGAAACCUGGAUACACAAGGAAACAGAAUUCAGGAUCACGUAAACACCUUAUUAAGGUUUAUGAAGCAUCUCAUAAUGACCGAGAUUGGUGAAAAAUCAAGACACACCCGAAGGAAGAUGAUUAGAAACCUGGAUACUGUUCUGAUCAUGUAUACAGGGAUUUGAAUAACCAGGUUUUUAUGCUCCAUGUAACGCCAUAUCCAGAUUUUUUAAACGAAAACCGGGAUACUAAUGCACAUGUUAACGCACACACUGCUAUGUUGAUCACUGCUGAAUUGGAAGAGUUUACUUUCUGAAAAGGUUGAAUUGAAAUGUUCUCUAGUUGAAGCAGACUGGGACUUACUUUGUGGCCUUGUCUGGGUGGAACUAAAGCUUUUAUAUGUUUCCAGACAGUUGUAUUGUGCGGUGUGAGGCUGAGGCGCACUCCCACCAGGUGGAAGGGCCACAGUGUGCCUUACAUAGAUGGGGACUGAAAAAUCUCCCAGUUUCCCUCAAUUUCUUUUACCAUAUUUUAAAAACUAACCGUUAAAGCUGAUUGGCUUGGUACUGAAAUUGAUAAUUUAGCUGUCGAAGCUUGAUUUGAGUGAAUUUAUAAUAAUGUCUCUGUAAUCAUCCUCUUUGAAUCCACAACUGGUGUGUCCCAAGCCUCAGCCCCAGACCAAGGCUCCUCCAACACAGGCUACACUGAGACAGUCUCAGAACACUUGCAAGCGUUUUCCCAAAUUGAACUUGAUCAGUUUUUGUAUGCUGUUAUCAAAGAUUUUUUUGAUGAAUCUAUCUGAGAAGGCCAUAAAACAAAGACAACCAACAGCUAUGAUAACUAUAACUGUAAAUAAUCAAACAAAGCGGGACAGGCUGACUGUUAAUAUGGAGAUUCGGGUGAUUUGAAGGGGGACUAUUUGCUUUGCUUCGUCAUAUUUCCUGCGCACCUGAUUUUUUUUGUGUGUGUUUUCCAUCAGGCUCUUGAUGCACAGCAAGCUGAGCGCAGCAUAUGCAGUACGGCACUAUGCGCAGCGUGGCUCUGGCACUUACACAGACAGCCCUGGGUCCUUCAGAGAGGCAGGCUGCUGUCUGUUGGCUGCUCUCAGCCAAGUGGGGACAGUUUGCACUUGGAGUCUUUCUCAGUCUCUGGGGACACAAAGGUUGGCAUACAGGGAGGAGGAUUAAAUAUGGGUGGUAGGGGAAGGCUGGAUGUUGUUUUCAGGGAUGAGGUUAGAAAGCCCAGGUGACGGAUUUAUUUGCUGAGCAAUGGCUCAGUGCAUGGCCAUGUUAUGAGAAGAAUUGUAACACAAAGGAGGUCACCACAGAUUUCACAUUUGAGAACUGCAACAAGGAGAGUGUUGCUGAUCUCUUUUGUCUCUAUGUAAAGUACUACUCAGGUGGAAAAUACACUGCUAUGCAUUGGGUUUCAAUGUCUGCUAAGUUUGUGGUAUAUCUAAUCACCCUCCAAGUCACAUCUCUGUCUUUGCCUUUCUUGUUCAUACCAAUAUUUAUCAUAAUAGUUCCCAGAGAGAUAAAAGCAGGAACAGUUUCCCUCAUUGUAAAGUGGCUGUGACCAGCCUGUUUCUCCAUUUAAUAUUGAUCCAGUGAAUUGUUUGUCGGAGGGAAGGAAGCCACUGGAGAUUCAGUCUUAUGAGUCAGACUGUAACAUUUUCUGAAAGGGGAUGGGGUUGGAAAAGCGCAGGGGAGGGUAUAUCCUUCAUACUUUCUUCUCCCAUCGCUCUCCCUCUCUCUGGACUCAGAGUCUACAUCUUUGCUGCCGACCGGCCUUUGAUCAAAGAUCACACACCCUCAGCAGGGGGAAUCGACAGGAGAGAAAGGAGGGAGAGGGGGUCGGAGGAGGUGUGAAGGAAGAGUCCGUUUCAGUUUUCAGUCACCUAAACCAAUUUUAGGAUACAUUCCAUAAACUUCAUGCUGUGAUUCCAACUUAGGAGUUUUUCGUCAUGUGUAAAGGAUGUGAGUUGGAGACGCCGGGAGGAAACAGUCGACACUUUGCGGCCGUUUCAGUCAGUCCGUUUCGCCUCACUAUCCGUCUGCUGUGUGACAGACAGACAUGUAGACCGACAGUUCAAAAGGUCCCCCAGCGUACCGCUAUCCAACUGCCUUUUUUUCAGCUUCUGCGAUUGUAACAAAAGCACUUUGCGAAAAGGCCAUCCUGAAUUUUGUGUGCUUUUAUUUUAUGGUUAUCACUAUUGUUAUUGUUGUUCCUGUUGAUGUUUUUUUUUUUGUUUUCUCAGUACAGAUGAUUAUUUAAAUGCAAAAAAAUACAAUAUGAUGAAAAAUUUUUAAAAAAAAAUGAAAAAACUUGAAUAUUUGGUAUCUGGACUGAAGGCGGAUAGAGCUGCCGCCUCAUCUGGACAUUAAACAAACACAUCUCUGUAAUACUACCACCGUACCUGUUAUAUGCAGCUUAUUGCAUAGUCACACAAAGGUAGAGGGGAGGGGGCAGAUCUCCCUCUACCUGCUCUCUGCUUACUGUCUCAGAUCUUGUUGGGAGAAAGGUCAUUUGAUCUCAUUUUUGGGAGACUCCUUUUCUUGAAAAAGAAACCUGUAUAACAGUUGCAAAAGCUUUCUGAGAAGGCUCGCUGUGCUGAAUGUUAAACAUGCAGUGAUGUAUCCACUGCAGAAUCUCUUUGUCUGCAAUAACGCCCUGUCUGCGUAGUUAAAGGCUGGAUCUGGUAUCCAUAUAAAUCGUGGUAAAUGAUUAUGAAAGACAGAUGAAACGGCCAAAUGACCAUCAUGCACUUUUGCAAAUCAGAACAGAGAAUUUUAUUGGCCUUAACAUCGAUGUCACAUCAAGAUUAUUGCAGUAGAGUGGAAAGAAUAAUAUUGAUCAUGAUAAAACAUUCAAUAAAUCCAUAGUUCAGUAAA